AUGCUGGUUCAGGUGCCGGGCGCGUGGCCAUGGGCUGGAGCGGGAGCAGGGGGCGGGGCAUGGGAAGCAGGAGGAGGCAUGAGAACCUGGGCAGGAGGGAUGAGGGCUCCAAGACUGGCACCCGGCGAUCCGAUCCGCUGCCGAUGCUCCGUAUGGCAGGCUGAGGGUGUUCAGUCUCACAUGACAAGGAAGAAGUUGAUGUUGCACACUUUCGCGCUUCUCUCAGCCUGGUUGGCAUCAGCGAGACAGUCCGAUGCUUCGGAUCUCUACAAACGACUCGAGAAGAGGGAUCCAGAAGCGCUGUCUAAACCUCUCAUGCCGUCGAUUGUAGCGAUACCAGUGGCAGAACAGGUUUAUCCUGACUGGUUGGAGGGGACUUGGGAUGUUUCAUGCAAGUUCUCGGGAUACUUGUUGCCCGUGAAGCAGUUGUCCAAGGAGCAAAUCAUGAGGGAUGUCGAGAUCCCGGGGUUUCAGAAGCUGUCGAUUGCUCUCCUGCCCGAUGUCGGCUCAUCUGCGUCAUUCCAGAAAUCUUUCCGAAGGAGGGCGGAUGGGAAGGUAGUUGAAGACCGGCAGGCUGGUUUCACAUCGCUCAUCAACUCAUACGUCGGAUCCUCUGCAGUGAAGUCUGUUACAUGCACUAACGACAGGGAUUCCAUCGAACUGAUACCUGGCAAGACGAGGAACGCUGAGCGGAUCGAGCUCUUCUCAAGUUCUAGGGACAGCGAGGCCGUGGGGGACAUCUUCGUUUGCUCGGACUACGUUCGACAGGUCACCUAUGGCCUAUCAAAGCAGUUCGGAGUAGCCAGACAGGUGGUGGGGGAAUAUCAACACUUCUGGACUUUCAAGAAGAAGACCGAUUAUGAGUUGACCGCCAACCUUCUCACAGCAGCUUACCUUCAGGUGCAAUCGUAG